AGAUUCAUCCUCUGUUAAUGAUGUGAAUUAUUGCAAGUGCGUGUGAAGAGAUAAACAAUUGUGAUAUCAACAGCUCGUGUAACUCAGAUAACUGUGAUUUUACGCGUGGUAAAUAUUGUCAUUUGGUCCGUGAUAAAAACCAGCGCUGCUAUUGACAAACAAAGAGAAGAUUGAGACAAUCCAGGAAGACUGGACCCAGUCGAGACCACACUACAGACUCAGAUAACUGUGAUUUUACGCGUGGUAAAUAUUGUCAUUGGGUCCGUGAUAAAACCAGCGCUGCUAUUGACAAACAAAGAGAAGAUUGAGACAAUCCAGGAACACUGGACCCAGUCGAGACCACACUACAGACUCAGGUACCACAGUUUCUUCCCUCAACGACGACCAACGCAAAUCCGUAACACUGGAAGCAAUCAAGACCACACAACUUGCACUGACAUCUCUCUGAUAUGAACAUAUUUUCAACUGCACAAUUCGUCAAGUCAGGAAUGGUUAAGAUUCAUCCUCUGCUAAUGAUGUGAAUUAUUGCAAGUGCGUGUGAAGAGAUAAACAAUUGUGAUAUCAACAGUUCGUGUAACUCAGAUAACUGUGAUUUUACGCGUGGUAAAUAUUGUCAUUGGGUUCGUGAUAAAAACCAGCGCUGCUAUUGACAAACAAAAAGAAGAUCGAGACAAUCCAAGAAGACUGGACCCAGUCGAGACCACACUACAGACUCAGACAUCUCUCUGAUAUGAACAUAUUUUCAACUGCACAAUUCGUCAAGUCAGGAAUGGUUAAGAUUCAUCCUCUGCUAAUGAUGUGAAUUAUUGCAAGUGCGUGUGAAGAGAUAAACAAUUGUGAUAUCAACAGCUCGUGUAACUCAGAUAACUGUGAUUUUACGCGUGGUAAAUAUUGUCAUUGGGUCCGUGAUAAAAACCAGCGCUGCUAUUGACAAACAAAAAGAAGAUUGAGACAAUCCAGGAAAACUGGACCCAGUCGAGACCACACUACAGACUCAGGUGCCACAGUUUCUUCCCUCAACGACGACCAACGCAAAUCCGUAACACUGGAAGCAAUCAAGACCACACAACUGGCACUGACAUCUCUCUGAUAUGAACAUAUUUUCAACUGCACAAUUCGUCAAGUCAGGAAUGGUUAAGAUUCAUCCUCUGCUAAUGAUGUGAAUUAUUGCAAGUGCGUGUGAAGAGAUAAACAAUUGUGAUAUCAACAGUUCGUGUAACUCAGAUAACUGUGAUUUUACGCGUGGUAAAUAUUGUCAUUGGGUCCGUGAUAAAACCCAGCGCUGCUAUUGACAAACAAAGAGAAGAUUGAUACAAUCCAGGAACACUGGACCCAGUCGAGACCACACUACAGACUCAGAUAACUGUGAUUUUACGCGUGGUAAAUAUUGUCAUUGGGUCCGUGAUAAAAACCAGCGCUGCUAUUGACAAACAAAGAGAAGAUUGUGACAAUCCAGGAAGACUGGACCCAGUCGAGACCACACUACAGACUCAGGUUCCACAGUUUCCUCCCUCAACGACGACCAACGCAAAUCCGUAACACUGGAAGCAAUCAAGACCACACAACUGACACUGACAUCUCUCUGAUAUGAACAUAUUUUCAACUGCACAAUUCGUCAAGUCAGGAAUGGUUAAGAUUCAUCCUUUGCUAAUGAUGUGAAUUAUUGCAAGUGCGUGUGAAGAGAUAAACAGUUGUGAUAUCAACAGCUCGUGUAACUCAGAUAACUGUGAUUUUACGCGUGGUAAAUAUUGUCAUUGGGUCCGUGAUAAAAACCAGCGCUGCUAUUGACAAACAAAGAGAAGAUUGAGACAAUCCAGGAAGACUGGACCCAGUCGAGACCACACUACAGACUUAGGUACCACAGUUUCCUCCCUCAACGACGACCAACGCAAAUCCGUAACACUGGAACCAAUCAAGACCACACAACUUGCACUGACAUCUCUCUGAUAUGAACAUAUUUUCAACUGCACGAUUCGUCAAGUCAGGAAUGGUUAAGAUUCAUCCUCUGCUAAUGAUGUGAAUUAUUGCAAGUGCGAGUGAAGAGAUAAACAAUUGUGAUAUCAACAGCUCGUGUAACUCAGAUAACUGUGAUUUUACGCGUGGUAAAUAUUGUCAUUGGGUCCGCGAUAAAAACAGUGCUGCUGUUGACAAACAAAGAGAAGAUUGAGACAAUCCAGGAAGACUGGACCCAGUCGAGACCACACUACAGACUCAGGUACCACAGUUUCCUCCCUCAACGACGACCAACGCAAAUCCGUAACACUGGAACCAAUCAAGACCACACAACUGGCACUGAUAACUGUGAUUUUACGCAUGGUAGAUAUUGUCAUUGGGUCCGUGAUAAAACCAGCGUUGCUAUUGACAAACAAAGAGAAGAUUGAGACAAUCCAGGAACACUGGACCCAGUCGAGACCUCACUACAGACUCAGACAUCUCUCUGAUAUGAACAUAUUUUCAACUGCAAAAUUCGUCAAGUCAGGAAUGGUUAAGAUUCAUCCUCUGCUAAUGAUGUGAAUUAUUGCAAGUGCGUGUGAAGAGAUAAACAAAUGUGAUAUCAACAGCUCGUGUAACUCAGCAAAAUUCGACCAUGAGCGACUCCGGUGAAGAUUGGGAUUUGGAGAUUAGCUCCGGCGUUUCCAAACCCAUGAAAUGGACUGACCAUAGUUCUGAAUCUAGUACAAACUCUCACAAUUCCGGAUUUUCAGCUCCUGAGAAACGUUUCGGUCGCGGGCGAUCUUCGCGUGCUACGAACAGCUGGGGAUCAAAUGAUGGCUCAGGUAAUUGGAGGGGUAAUUCGGAUUUUGAUAACGCUUUGCCUAGGAGGCCUAGGCGGGGGUUUGAUUCAUCGUCCCCCGCCAGAGAAGAGCGCCCACCGCCCUCCAGAGGGUUCGGAUCCCGAGAUCGUAAUGGUGGGGUAUUUGGUGGCAGUCAGGAUGAUGGCGAUUCGUUGAGGAUCGAGGUUUCUAGUCGGGAUGUUGGCAAGAUUAUUGGGAGAGGUGGGCAGAGCAUUAAGAAUAUUCAGAAUACAUCUGGAGCAUGGAUUAAGAUAUUGAAAGAUGAAGCUGAUGCCAUCCACACACCAAUUGAGAUCUCAGGGAGUCGAGACUGUCAGGCAAAGGCCAGAGAGAUGAUUGAUGAAAUAAUAUCUCCACAAGAUUUAGUGACAAAUAAAAUGGAAGAAACAAGUCUGAAAGCAGGUGAAACCCCUUUGGUUCCCAGAAUUGAUUGGGCAGAGCUACGCGCAAACAGGGUGGCAAAUCAAGCGAAGAAAUGGGAAGGUUUACCUGUCAUCAAAAAAGUAUUUUAUAAAGAGAGUGAAUCAGUCAGGAGAAGGUCCAAAGAGGAAGUGGAAAUCUUUAGGAAAGAAAGCAACAAUAUCUCUGUUCAAAAUGUCGGUGAUGACGUUCAGAACCGAGACAUUCCGAAGCCAGUCACGACAUUUGACGAGGCGUUUAAAAAUUAUCCCGUUAUACUCAAUGAAUUGAAACGUGUUGGAUUUGUUAAACCAACUCCGAUUCAGUGUCAGUCAUGGUCAGUUUUGCUGUCAGGCUUAAACCUCAUUGGCAUUGCUCAGACCGGCACUGGCAAAACUCUGGCGUUUUUGUUGCCAGCGUUGAUUCACAUCGCUGGGCAAGAAAGAACACCAGCCACACCUGAUGGUCCAAAUGUUCUGGUUUUAUCACCAACAAGAGAACUCGCUCUUCAGAUUGAGACUGAAGUAAAUAAACUGCAUUAUAAAGGGAUACGAAGUGUUUGCGUUUACGGUGGUUCAGACAGGCGUGCUCAGAUCGAUACAGUAAAAAGUGGUGUGGAGAUUGUUAUUGGAACUCCUGGUAGAUUGAACGACUUAAUUAUGAACGAGAUUCUUCAAGUGAAAUCUGUCACGUAUUUGGUCCUUGACGAGGCAGACAGAAUGUUAGACAUGGGUUUUGAACCAGAAAUUAGGAAGAUUUUAAUCGAUAUCCGACCGGAUCGUCAAACGGUGAUGACAAGUGCAACGUGGCCAUCGGCCGUACGAAGAAUGGCGAGUCAGUAUGUUGAAAAUCCCGUGCAGGUCAACGUGGGAUCCUUAGACCUAGCCGCUUGUCAUACCGUGACCCAAAUAGUCGAAAUCAUGGACGGAGAGGCGAAGAAAGAACGAACUUUGGACUUUAUAAAUUCAAUGGGACCUGAAGACAAAGUUUUGAUAUUCGUAGGACGUAAACUGACGGCUGACGACGUGGCGAGUGAUUUCAUGUUGAAAUAUGUUUCGGCUGGUAUCCAGUGCAUUCAUGGCGACAGAGAACAAUGUGAUCGCGAGCAAGCCUUGGAUGACUUCAAAACUGGGCGGGUUCGUGUACUAAUUGCGACCGAUGUGGCCUCCAGAGGACUCGAUAUUAAAGGCGUUACGCAUGUGAUUAACUACGAUUUUCCCAGAGCUAUCGAGGAUUAUGUUCACAGAAUUGGGCGGACAGGCCGAGCUGGGUCGAAGGGGUCGUCUUUGAGUUUCAUCACGCGUGAAGACUGGAAACAAGCCCAAAAUUUAAUCGAUAUCUUAGAAGAGGCGAAUCAGGAAGUCAGCGAAGAGUUACGAAGCAUGGCCGAACGUUAUCAAGCCUGGCGGGAACGGAAUGCCGAGCGUGGGGACCGCCGGAAUGGCGGAGGGGGUGAUGGCUGCUUCAAGUGUGGUGAACACGGCCACUUCUCGCGAGAAUGUCCUCAAGGUGGGGGAUCUCGAGGGUCACGUGGUGGUAAUAGAGGACGCGGGGGACGUGGUGGGUCACGCCGUGGUCGCGGUGGAGGAAUGUCUUUUGAUAUGUGGUGAUAUGUGUGGAUAUCUUGUGAUAUGUACUCAACGAGUGAGAAACACGGUAUUUUUGAUUGCAUAAUAUAUUGAAUAUUGGUACAGAGAGGUGUACCUAGGGUUGCAUAGGGUUGUACCUAGGUAUUAUAUAUGUAUAUGUGUUUAAAGGACAUGCGUUUUGUUAACUCGAAGACUAACUGACAUGAAAAGUUUAAAACAGGGAAUUUUAGGCAGCUUUUACGCAAGGAGUGAAGGCUACCAAAUAUUAGAUACAAAAUAUUAAAGCGCGCCAAAAUCGUCUGUAUCUAUUCCGAAGUGUUCAGUCAGAAUUCUAAGAAAUAUUAUUGUUCAUGCAUCUGCGAGCUUCAUGAAUAAAUAUUCUACGUUAUCAUCAGGGGG